UCCAUUUCUAGCCGUAACCCAUCCCUUUGGUUAAGCAGCUGUAGCGAAAAUGGCUUUCAGAUUGGCGAUGAUUAGAGCCGCCGGCGAGAAGCUCGGCAGUGCCGUUACCGGCCGACGGUACGCCCAUAUCUCCGCAAUUCCCGGACCUCUAGACUGUUCAAUGACUUACCGGAGCGAGCCAAUGCAAUUGAUCUUGCCGGAAUCUGAUUACGAGUUUGAUUCCAAAGAUAACAUUGGAUUUGAGUUUCCAAGCUUCCAUUCUGGCGAUGGUUCAAUGGACCUCAUGGCCGUACCAAAGAAGAAGAUUAGUAAAAGUAGAAGAGGCAUGAGAAAUGGACCAAAAGCUCUGUCCCCGAUUCCAUUGAUCAUUCGUUGCAAGGCCUGUGGUCGAGCCAAGUUGCCACAUUUCUUCUGCUGUAGUGGAGAAAGGCCAAAUAUGGGCAAUAGUAGUUGAAAUGCUUGAUCAAGAAUUUUCUAUUGCUUACCCUUUUUGAAUCUGGAUUGCAGCUUUUAUACGGUUUAAACUCCAUUGUUAUUCAGUUUCUUUUUCUGGUUUCGAAACUUUGGUUUUGACAUUGAUGCUCGAAAUAAGCUUUCAAUGCAUACAUAGUAUGAAUGCAGUCAAAA